ACCGGUGGUUUACCAAUUUACGGUUUCCAUUUCUAUGCUAGAAACCCUACCUCAGCCAGUAAUCGCCACAUACUAUACAUACAUGAUCAGAUGUUAAGAUUCUUGAACCCUUGUAUAGAGAAAAGGGUAGCCAAAUCAUUUGCGAGUAUAAGCCAUGUCGAACUUCAAAAUAAUCUCAGCUCAAAAAGACCCAAUAACGCCCUUCAAAGUUACCUUAAGUCCAAUCCCUCCAAGACUUUCUUGCUAUUUUCUGACUUGCUCAGGAGAAAUACCUCCCUGCUUGAUAGCUACUCUCUUCUGUAUGCAAUCAAAGCUUGCACCAAAAAAGCCGGAGCCAUUGAAGGAAAACAAGUUCAUACUCUUGUACUGAAACUAGGCUACGAACCCAUCAUUUUCCUGCAAACAUCUCUCGUAAACAUGUAUUCUGCAGCUGGAAAUCUUGCUGAUGCGCGUCGGAUGUUUGAAGAAAUGCCAACUAGAAACGUAAUUUGUUGGACUUCAUUGGUUUCUGCUUAUGUUGAUAACCAGGAAGCAAAUGCAGCUUUAGAGAUGUUCAGGCGGAUGCAAAAGGAAAAUGUGAAGCCUGAUCAUGUUACACUGACGGUUGCUUUAUCGGCUUGUGCUGAUCUUGGGGCAUUGGAGAUGGGAGAGUGGAUUCAUGGUUACAUCACUCAAAAAAGCGAGUUAAAUGCAGAUUUAUACCUGAAAAAUGCCCUCAUUAACAUGUAUGUAAAAUGUGGGGAUAUUGGAAGAGCCAAGGAAUUGUUUGAUAACCUGAAAAGAAAGGAUGUUACAUCUUGGACAUCCAUGAUUGUGGGAUAUGCAGUACACGGCCAAGCAGAGGACGCGUUAAGGCUUUACGCGGCCAUGGAAAAAGAAAGCAAAAGUAUGACCAAUAAAAAGUGCAGUCAUAAAGCUCAUUUGAUUAUCCCUAACGAUGUUACUUUCGUAGGAGUCUUAAUGGCUUGUAGCCAUGCAGGCAUGUUAGAAGAGGGGAAAAAGUACUUCAGAAUUAUGACUGAGGAGUUUGGUUUGAAGCCUAGACUUCCUCAUUAUGGCUGCAUGGUUGAUCUCUUUUGUCGAAAAGGGAUGCUAAAAGAUGCUAACGAGUUUAUCUUGGCAAUGCUAGUUGAACCAAACGCGAUCAUAUGGAGGACAUUGCUAGGUGCAUGUACCAUUCAUGGCAAUCUAGACCUUGCUGCAGAAGCUUACAAUAAGCUGCUUCAACUGGAGGAAAGCGUUGUUGGCGACGAUGUUCUUAUGUCCAAUAUAUAUGCUGCAAAAGAAAUGUGGAAUGAAAAGUUGAAGGUCAGAGAUGAAAUAAAGCAGAGGAGGACCCCUGGCCACAGCACAAUUGAGGUGGGAAGUUGCAUUUAUGAGUUCGUUAGCGCUGAUGAUCAUCAUCCUUUGGCAAGUGAUAUUUACAGUGUUCUUGAUCAUUUGAUUGGAAACAUGAGAACUUACAGCUACGCUUCCCAGUUUUCUACUUUGACUGAAUACUUGAUGUAAAGGAAAACUAUUAACUCGCUUGAUUAUAGGAUGCGGUUGAAAAGGUCUUCCUUGGCAUGUUCUUGUUGCGUAAAUAAGCAAUCCCAAGGAGAAACUUGUAAUUGGGGAAAA